AUGGGAUCAAGAAAAACAAAUGCCAGAGGAAAACAGUUACAAGAGGUAAUAAAUGAAGGUUAUUUUAACUGUAUUGAUGAUGUUAGUACCACAUAUGAAAAGAAUGAUUAUGAAGUAAAGAUCGACUGGAUAUUAGCCAGUCAACCUCUUCAUUCAUUAAUAUCAAACGUCGAAACCCACCCAACAAUCGGUACAUUAAGUGGUCACAAACCAUUAACCUUCGAUUUACCAAUUGGACCUGAACCCAAACCUGCAUCUCCAAGAUUAUCCCUUAACUUCAAAGCAGCAAAUUGGCCAAAAUUUAGAAAUACAUUAAAUGAACAACUAAUACUAUGGAACAAACAUCGUUAUAUAAAUUCAGAAUCAGAUAUAGAAGAAUAUACGUCGUUUAUUACCAACAGCAUUACUACAGCAACACAAGAAGCCAUACCAACAUCAAAAAAAUUGAACACAAACAUUAAACUAAGUGAAGCAACCAAACAUCUGAUCCAGCUCAAACAUAAAACUUAUCGUAAAUGGAAGAAGACUGGAGAAGAUAGUGAAAAACAGCAAUAUUAUAAAUAAAUCGAAAAUAUAUUAUCCAGACCAUUCAACCUUAAUAGUGGUACUCCACAAGGAUCUCCGUUAUCACCAUUACUCUACAUUAUAUAUACGGCAGAUUCGAUGAAUGGAAUACCAGAACAUACAGAACAUGGUCUUUUUGCCGAUGACACCGCACUAUGGACAUCAUCCAACACAAUAACAAGCCUUAAUUCCCGCCUACAACAAUCCAUAGAUGCAUUCCAAAGUUGGUGCAAAUCGUGGAAACUAAAAUUACAACCAACAAAAACUGAACUCGUCCACUUCACUGUACAUCCAAGAAAACAAUAUAAAAAUCCAGUCGCAGUCAAAAUAGAUGAUAUAUCCAUCAAACCAUCCAACUCAACAAGAUAUUUAGGUGUUAUUAUUGACAAAACGUUGAAUUGGAGAAGUCAUAUCCAUCACAUUGAAUCGAAGAUUGCUGGUCGUAUUAGUCUGUUACGGUUUUUAAACAGAGCAGCUUACGAACCUAAUGACAAAAUUAUGUUAAACAUCUUCAAAUCAAUUGCAAGAUCGAUUAUCAUCUAUGGUUAUCCAAUAUUACUUACUGCCAAUGAUAAAAUAUGGGAAAGACUACAAAUAAUGCAAAACAAAGCCAUUCGUGCUGCAUUAGGAUUACCCAUAUAUACAUCCGUCGAAUAUAUCCAUCGAAUUACCAAUAUCCCCAAAAUUAAAGAAUAUGCCGUUACUCUCCUGCAACGUUAUAUUCAAACAGCAACAUCAAAUAACGACCAACUACUAACCAACAACCUGCAAGAUAUAUUCAACAAACUUCAAUAA